AGAGAGAGAGAGAGAGAGAGAGAGAGAGAGAGAGAGAGAGAGAGAGAGAGAGAGAGAGAGAGAGAGAGGACUGGAAACCAGGGAGCUAUCCACAGUGGCCGGAGCGGAAAGCAAAGGAAGAGCAGAAUCACAACAGAAGUGGACUUAUCCUUUUCCCUCUUUUAGCUCUCCAUCAAAGCCCUCUGGUGGAUGGGGAGGGGAGGGGGGCCCACAAAAAAAGGGAGAAAAAAAGAAGACGAAAUUAAAGCCAGUUAUCUCCUUUUCUGAAGCGUAACGCGCUCUGCCUGAGGACCUGCACCUUACUUCACUAUGGCUGCCCCGGUUGGAGGUGGAGGAAACGCCGUCUCCCUCUCCGCUCACUGCCGCCGCCGCUGCGUCUGCCUCUGGCCUCUGCUGGCUCUCCUGAGCCCCGUGUGGGGCUUUAACCUGGAUACCACACACACACUGCACAAGUUUGGAGACCAGGGCACCUUCUUUGGCUUCUCCCUCGCCCUUCACCAGCAGGUCACCCCCAAACCCCAGAGCUGGAUCCUGGUGGGGGCGCCACAGGCAGCGGGGCAGGGUCUGCUGCAGGGCAGUCGGCCAGGGGCUCUGUUCAGAUGUCCCAUCACACCAGAGGAGUAUGACUGUGAGCGGGUGGAUAUUGACGGAGACGUGAGUCCAGACAGAGAGAGCAAAGACAACCAGUGGCUGGGAGUUACAGUCAAGAGUCAGGGCAUCGGAGGGAAGGUGGUGACGUGUGCUCACCUGUAUGAGCUGAGGCAGCGCGUGACGCAGCCGUCAGAGACCCGGGACCCGAUCGGACGGUGCUACGUCCUGAGCGAGGACCUGACGGAGAGAGAUGACCUGGACGGAGGCGAGUGGAAGUUCUGCGAGGGCCGACCGCAGGGACAUGAACAGUUUGGCUUCUGCCAGCAGGGCCUGUCGGCCAGCUUCACCCCGGACAACAACUUCAUCCUGUUUGGGGCCCCGGGGACAUACAACUGGAAAGGUGAGAUGCGUGUCCAGCUCCUGAACCAAACCCUGCUGGAUCUGGGUUUCUACGAUGACGGGCCUUAUGAGGUGGCCGACCAGAAACAGCUGAACGCCCAGCUGAUCCCGGUGCCCUACCAUAGUUACUUGGGGCUCUUGUUCAUGGCUAGCCCGGUUGAAGAUGCGCUGCUGUACAAAACCCUGGAGCCCUCCAGCCGAGCCACGGCGUUUGAGGAUGUAGCUCAUAAUAGCUACCUAGGGUUCUCCGUGGACUCGGCCAUAGGGCUCAUGAGCCUCGGCGAACUGACCUUUGUGGCGGGGGCGCCGCGGGCCAAUCACACGGGGGCGGUGCUGCUCCUGAGGAAGGACAACGUGUACCGGCUGGUGCCGCAUCACAUCCUGUGGGGAGAGGAGCUGGCAUCCUCCUUCGGCUACUCGGUGGCCACCGCCGAUCUCAACCGGGACGGAUGGACAGAUCUGAUAGUGGGAGCUCCUAACUUCUUUGACCGGAAGGCGGAGAUCGGCGGGGCGGUGUACGUCUAUCUGAACCCCUUUGGUCAUUGGGACGACCAGGCCCGACCCAUUCGUCUGAACGGGACGUACGACUCCAUGUUUGGGAUGACGGUCAGCAGCAUCGGAGACCUGGACCAAGACGGAUACGGAGAUAUUGCUGUUGGAGCACCUUUUGACGGAGAUGGUAAAGUCUUCAUCUACAGGGGCGUAGAGUCAGGCAUUGAGACAAAGCCGGCACAGGUUCUAGAUGGUCGUGACUUUGACGUGAGGCGUUUUGGUUACUCCAUCUCAGGCGGACUGGAUAUCGAUAAGAACCAUUACCCGGACCUGGCCGUGGGCUCUCUGAAUGACUCAGUGGUUCUGUUCAGGUCUCGUCCAGUCAUCCAGAUCAUCAGGCACAUUACGGUUGAACCUCAUUACAUCGACCUGGAGCAGUCCAACUGCAAGGGCAGAGACGGAGUUUGUGUGGAGGUAAAGGCCUGCUUCUCCUUCACUGCCCAUCCAGCACACGACUCCCUCCACCUCACCCUCAUAGUUCACUUUGAAGCUGAUACCAAGCGCAGGAAGUUGGGCCUGCCCCACCGCGUUAACUUCCUGGGUCGGAGUUCGUUGGAGCCGGAGUACACGCAGACGGAGGAAGUCGAGCUGCAUGGCCAGCACCACCCAGCGUGUACCAGCGCCAUCUUCCAGCUGAAGGAAAAUAUCCGUGACAAACUGCGACCCAUCUCUCUGGCCAUCACCCACACCAUCAAGCCUGUGGCGCCGCGCAGACAUUCAGGCGCCAAACGUCUGGAGAAAUUGGCACCCAUGCUGAACAUCUCCCCAUCCAACACGCUGCAUUCUGAGGUAAACUUCCUUCGGGAGGGGUGUGGUGAUGACAAGAUCUGCCAGAGCAACCUGAAGCUGAGUUACCAGUUUGGAAUGAGAUCUCUGGACUCGGAGGUCUUCACCCCGCUGCCAAGAGACGAGGAGAACGUGCCAGUGAUCCACCUGUUGGACCAGCGCUUUUUUGCGCUGCAGAUCACCGUCACCAACAAACCCUCAAACCCACUGUACCCUGAGGAUGGAGACGACGCCCAUGCCGCCCAGCUGAUCAUCUCCCUCCCUGAGAUGCUGCCCUACGCUGCCUCCAGACACCCGGAACAGAUGCGGUGCGAGGCCAUCCCGAACGGCUCUGGGGCCGAGUGCGAUUUGGGAAAUCCUCUCAAACAAGGUGCUGAGUUGACAUUCACCAUCUUUCUGAGUACGUCUGCGAUCACCAUUGAAACUUCUGAAGUGGUUGUAGAUCUCUUGUUGUCAACUAUCAGUGAGCAGCCUGACCUGGCCUCCAUCAGGGCAGUUGCUAAAGUGGUGAUCGAGCUGCCCCUGUCUGUCAGCGCGGUCGCCCACCCGCACCAACUCUUCUUCAGCGGCGCCGUGAGGGGGGAGAGCGCCAUGACCUCGCUGGACGACAUGGGCAGCCCUGUGGACUUCCAGAUCACGGUGAAUAAUCCUGGCCAGGCUCUGCAGAUGCCCCGCUCGGCCUUCCUCAACAUCAUGUGGCCUUAUGAGUUGGCCAACGGCAAGUGGCUUCUUUAUCCCGCCAGCCUGAAGUUUGAAGGUCACCCGGACAUACGCUGCACUCCCAGUGGAGCCCUCAAUCCCCUGAAACUACACCACAGCUCCUCAGCCACGAAGCUGCCACAGCCCGGACAUCUCAGGACGGGCAGGAGGAGUCGCUCCCACCCAGAAGAGGAGGGUCACGUUGUGAUGGAGGACGGCGUGGAGAGGACCACGCCGGCUGUGGCAGCUUCGGAAAGACGCAAGUCUCUCAAACUGGACUGUCUGCUGGGUUCGGCCCGUUGCGUGCUCUUCCAGUGCCCCCUCCACAGGUUGUCUGGUGAGAUGGUCUUCAAGAUCCACGCCCGCCUGUGGAACAGCACCUUCAUCGAGGAGUUCCCAGCGGUCAGUGCUUUGGAGGUGCUGGUCAGAGCGAACAUCACCGUCAAGUCCAGCAUGAAACACCUGGUCCUCAGGGAUGCUGCAGCACAGCUUCCAGUGAUGAUCUACCCAGAACCAGGUCUAACAGACCAGUACCUGAUACCCUGGUGGAUCAUCCUUAUAGCUGUUUUGGCAGGCAUCCUACUCCUGACCCUACUGGUCUGCUUACUGUGGAAGUGUGGUUUUUUCCGGCGGGCCCAGUACAAAGACAAAGUGCCACAGUACCACGCGGUGAAGAUCCCUCGUCAGGACCGGCCUCAGUUCCAGACAGAGAAGUCAUCGGGGGUCCAGAAGAAGGAGUGGGCCACGCACUGGAGCGACACCACCGCUUGACCUCAGACCCCAUCCCACAUCACAUGACGCGUGGCUCAUGCUUCGGUGUCUGCAGUGGAGUUAACUGACUGAAAUAAGCGCACAUCGACUGAUGAUGUCGUAAAAAAUGUGCUCCUUGUAAUCGGUCGAUACUUGUGUAUUGACUGUAUUUUACACCGGCUGGUUACACACACACACACACACCCCGACUGGCCGGCCUUGGAGAGUCUAUAUUUGUGCCAUGAAUUGGAGAUUUACAGUAAGCACCGAUGUGACCGGUUCAGCCGUUCAAUACGUUUUACAGCUUACAAAUGGAGCAUCGAUGCUCAAAUGGACUUCAAUGACUGCCAUCAAUACUGACCAAAAGAACACACACACGCGAUCUCCUUGGUUAAGAAGUCCCCUCACACCACACAAACUGCUUCUUGCCUUUGCUGUAAAGCUGAAUUAAGAAAAAAAAAAUCAUAGAAUAUCUUUUAUAUUCAUAUUUUUCUUUGGGGGUUGUUUUGGUUAGCACUGGUUAACA